AUGUUCAAAAGUAGUAAAGAUAGCAAACAAAAAAAACGAUCUAAAGGAGAAGGUGGUGGAGCAGAACUGAUGCAACAAUUGGGCUUUCAAAUACCAAAUUUCGAUGAACCGAACAUGGAUGCUAUUGAUGAUGAUGAUGAUGACGAUGAUGAUCUUGAAGCUGAAUUAAAACAAAUACAACAAGAUGUUGGUGGUCGUACAUCAAAACGUUCUAAAGCUGAUCCGAAAAAACCAGGUAAUUCAGCUCCAGAUCUUCAAUCAUUUCAUAAUGAUGUGAAUAAACUCUUGAGUGAUAUUGAUCGACCUAUAAAUGAUGAUGAAUUAUCCGACGGUGACGAAGAGGAUCUUCUUGCUGAAUUACAUGACAUUGCUGGUGAAAUUGAAAAUGAAAAACAAAAUGAACAUAUUGAAACCAAACCAGUACAAUCAAUAUCAAAUAGCAAUACGUUAUCAGUACUUGAAACACGUCUAGAUAUGUAUACAAAAGCUGUACAAACAGCUAAAACAAAUGGAGAUACAGCGAAAGCUCGACGAGUUGAUCGACAACUUAAACUUAUUCAAGAAUUACUUCAAUCAGCUCGAACUGGUGCUCCAAUUAAUGAAAAUGAUAUUCCACCUGCACUUUUUGUUUCUACUCCUUCAUCAUCUCAACCAACAAUUAUUUCAAAAGAAGUACCUGUUCGAGCUCCUUCUCCUCCACCAGCUACAAACUCUUUAUCAAUCGAUAAUAAAUCAAUUAUUUCUCAACCACCAGCACCAGUCGUGACAACUUCUAAUAACACUGAUGAAGCAGUUGAACGACUUAAAUCAUUAGCUUUACAAGCAAAAGCAGCUGGUGAUAUGGCCAAAGCUAAAGAAUAUCUUAUUCAAAUGAAAAAUUUGCAAAAAGGAACAACAGCUGUUCCUGUUCCUGCUCCUCUUCCUCCUCCUUCUUCUGCACAUAUAGAAACGUCUGAUAAUAUUCCUGAAGAUGAUAAUUCAUCUGCAUUGAUUGUACCAUUAAAAGCACCUGAACCACGUACUGUAAUGGAAGCAUUACAACAACGACAUGAAGAAUUAGUCAAACGACAACAAGAAGCUAUUAGCCAAGGAGAAAGUUCUAAAGCAAGACGAAUGGAUCGACUUGUAAAACAAUAUAAAGAAGCUAUUGAUGCUACACAGAAAGGUCGUCCAUAUGAUUAUAGUGAAUUAGCAGAUUUACCUGGUUUUGCACCAAUUCCUAUUCAACAAUCUAAACCUUCUCAAGUAUCAUCAUCUGCUAUUGGUACUAGUGCAACAGCAUCCGUAAAAGUAUCACAAUCAACAACAUCAGUACGACCAUCACAAGUUCAACAACAGCGAACAACUGUUCCGACGACUUCUAUUCCACAAGUAGAAUCAAAAGCUUCAACUAAUACACGGAAAGAUCAACAAUUACAAACACUUCGUCUUAAACAAGAACAACAUGUAAAACUUGCUUUAAAAGCUAAACAACAAGGUGAUAUAGAUGCAGCUAAAAAACAUCUUAUUGCUUCUAAAGAAAUUGAAAAAAUGAUUGAAUCUGGAUUACCUAUUGAUAUGAAACUAGUAUCUGAAUUAUCUAAUGAGGAUGUUGAAAUAAUUCAUGAUGAUGAAUUAGCAGAAGAACUUCUAGAAUCUGAUCGUGAUACAAUAUAUCGUCGUUUACAAGAUGAUCUUCUACGACAAAUGCAAUUAUGUGCACGUAAUCAACAAAUCUAUGCACAAAUGGAAGGUUCAAAUAAUAUACAACAAGCUAAUGAAUUUAAAAUUCUUGAACAACGUUGUGCACAUGAUUUAGAACGAUUAAGAAAAUGUUUUCAAAAUGGUUCAAAACCACCAUUAUUUCAUUAUGAAAAAAAACAAAUGAACAUAAUACAAGUUAAUAACGAUUUAACAGAUCAAGAUCUUGAGGUAAAUGUUCUUCGUGGUAUAAAUUUACGUGUUCCAUCUGGUUAUUCUGCGACAUCUUUUGAAACUUAUGUUAUUAUUGAAUUUCCUUAUCCACCUGAAACUCCUCAAACAGCUCGAACACGUUAUGGAAUUGGUUCAACAAUUGCUGAAUAUUCUGAUUCAUUACAUAAAUUUCAUAUAAAACGUACUGAUGGAAAAUUUAAACGUUUAAUGAGUCGAAAAGAAUUAAAAUUAUCUAUAUUUUAUCGAGUUGGUUUUCUUCGCUCAGAUCGUCAAUUAGGUAUAGCAUCAAUUAAAUUAGCACCAUUAGAACAAACAUCAACUAUACAUGAAACAAUUGAUAUUUUUGAAAAUGAUCAUAAAAAAAAAGCUGAAGGAAAAUUAGAAGUUAAAAUACGUAUUAAAGAAGCAUUAGGAUCAAUAAAAUCAUCUGAAGUAUCAUUACAACGAUGGCUUGUUAUUGAUCAUUUUGAAGAAAAUUCUAACAAUCCUAAAUUGUCAGCAUCAAAAUCACCAUCAACAGCUCCAUCGAUUAAUGCUAUCUCACGCCUUAUACCUACAAGUGAUGCUUUAGGCUUAUUGGCUAUAAAUUUAGCAAAUAAUUUAAAUAACAAUAAGGAUAAUGAUGAUGAUCAUGCAGUAGUUGAUAGCAGUACAACUGAAUCAAAUAAUAAUAAUCGUCCUAAUAAUCAACAGUCAGUUGGUUAUCAAAGUAUAAAAGUACUUAAAUACGAAGCAGAUCUUCUAGAACAACAGAUCGAACAACUUGAAGAUCAUCUUACAAAAGAACAAAUUGAUCAAUUACGAAUAAAACAUCAAGCACUUGUGAAACAAAGUGAUGAUAUAGUUGCAAAUUUACGUCAUGGUGGAAAACAAGUUAUACAAGAACAUGUUCGAAGUCUUGAACAAUUAAUGGAACAUUAUAAUAAAGAAUCAGAUGAAUAUCGUCAACGAAAUGAGAUAAAAAAAGCUGAUAUGUUUUUACAUAAAAAGGAUCUUGUUGCCCAAGAAAUUGAAACGUUUACCACAAAUCAAUUAGAAUUAAAUUCUUCAAGAAAUACACUUUUAUGUCUUUCACAAUAUUCAGUUUGUCUUACAGCUGGUUGUUUAUCAGAAAAAAAUAAAUGGCGUGAAAAUCUUAUGAAUUUAUAUGCUCGUAUUAGUUUAUGUCGUACUAUUAAUCGAUCAUUAGAUUAUUUUGCUUGCCUUUCAAGAAUUCGUAAAUAUGGUCUUGGACAAAAUGAUUCACUAUCAUCGCAUCUCAAUCGUUUAUUAACAUUAGUUGGUAAUUUAUGUGAUUUUGUUUAUUAUCCUGCUGAAUGUAUAGCAUGGUUAUGUGAAGCAAAUGUAUUUGGUAUAAAUCGAUCAUCGAGACCAUUGCGGCUUGUUUCAUUAAUUUGUUGGUUAUCGAAUAUUGUUAUUUCAAUUAUUAAAAAUACCAUUCAAUUAAUUAAAUAUAAAAAAUUAUUGAAAGCAGAAAGAAAUAAAGAUGGAAAUAGUAAAGAAAUACGAAGUCCAAUGGUACCUUUAUCUGAAAUGUAUAAAUGUAUGUUGACAUUAUUAAAUAAUUUUUGUUUUUUUCUCCUUUGUAUUCAUUGGCUUGCAAUACCAAAAUUUUUAUGGUCAGGUAAAUUACCUGUAUUUAUGGUUGGUUUAUGUGGAACUUUAGCUACGAUAUGUAAUAUUGUUAAAAUGGCAUUAUAA